GUUCUGUCCGGUAAGAAACCCGACAUGAUUGCAUAUAAUUUCGUUAGCUCGCAACUCUGUUACGUACUGUCCUAUUAGGGUAUAAAGCAUUUUUACGGCAUCUUCUGCGCGACUACAUACACUUCUCUCGCAGUUUUAUCAGUUUAGCUUUAGUAUUGAGUAAACCGCGGCGGAGUUCACGGCUGGCUUACGCCGUUUAGACGUCUGGCCAAAUUGAAGUAUAAUGAAUCCAAAUUUAUUAACGGAUGUAAUAUCUCAAUCGACACCAAGUUCACCAGAAAUGGAUCUCACUAUAAAUCCAGAAAGACAGAGAUUUCCCUUUUGUAUUGUUUGGACUCCAUUGCCCAUUAUAACUUAUUUAAUACCAUUUAUCGGUCAUAUGGGAAUUUGCACAUCAACUGGUGUAAUAAGGGAUUUUGCUGGUCCAUAUCACGUAGCUGAAGAUCAAAUGGCAUUUGGUAAACCUAUCAAAUAUUGGCAGCUUCAAUAUACGAAAGCCAAGGGUGGUGUGCAAGGAUGGGAUAUGGCUGUAUCUGAGGCUAGUGAAAUUUAUAAAACCAGAAUGCAUAAUUUAUUUUUCGACAAUUGUCACUCACAUGUUGCGAAAGCUUUAAAUUUAAUGGCUUAUGAUAAUUCUACAAACUGGAACAUGGUAAAGCUAGCAGCUUAUAUAGUCAUAAAAGGAAAAUAUAUAAAUUUUUAUGGUUUUCUCAAAAAGUGGUUGCCAUUUUUUUUACUUGUCAUCAUUAUAAUGAUUCUUGAUACAAUUCGCGAUUUAUAAUUUAUAUUAUUAAUUAUAAUGACAAAUGCAUAAACAACAAUAAACGUUAGUAAUCUUGUUAUAUAUAGAAUUUUAUAGAAAUUCUAGAAUUGUAGGUAAAGAUUUGUAGUUCUUACAUUACAUUUUUAGUAUAUUUGCAGAAAUUAAUGUUAAACUACAAAAAAGGUAUAUGUAAAUAUGUAUCUAUAAUAUUUAUGUUUGAAAAAGUUUUACGGUUGCAGUAAGUUAAAAUACUAAAAUGUCAAUACUUAAUAUUUUUCUCAAAAUAUUUGGUUUGAUCUCAUGUUAAGGUUAAUAAUUAAAUUCUUUGCAACAAGCUAAUAGUUUAUCUUAAAAUAAUUUUGUAAUAUUUUGUAUGUAUUUGAUUACAUUAAGUAAUGGCAUUUAAUCAUCAUCAACAAUGAUAAAUAUAAAACUUGUAAACAAUAUUUACAAUGACACAAAUGUCAUUUAUAUAACUAUUAAAUAUCAAGAAUAUGUCCUUGUGCACACUUUGUGUCAUAUAUCUGCCUCCAAGUUUUUUCCUGAGCGAAUAAGGAAAUACAAGUGUCAUUAUACAUUGCAAGCAUGGUAGUACAAAUAUAGUUAAAACGUACAAUUAAUAUGUAAAUAUUCUUUCGUGAAUAAUCUUUAAGAUAUACAUUGUCACUAAUUAAAAUUAUUGUAAUUAUAUUUAAUAGGACCAUAUACUUGGAAAUUAGAAUAUAUCUAUUCCAAAUUCACAAAGUAUUACAUCACAAUUACAUAUAAGCAAUAAAUAUAUAAAAAAAAAAGAAUGUCGAAAUUAUAAAGCAAUUACUUUUAAACUAACAUGUAUUUUUUAAACAAUAUUGAAAUAUCAGAAUUCAUUAUAUGUGAUUUAGAAAAUAAGAUUACUUUUUGUCUAUAAAUAUUUAGAUAACAUUUAUUGAUUACUCAUCAUUAGUGCUAUUCAUUUCUGAAAUGACACUCUUUUCGUGUGAAAAAUCAUAAUCUAAAUUUUGCUCCUCUAUUCUUUGGAUAAAAGAUAAAAUUUCAUUUGCACGUAGCCUGUCAAUCUCAAAAUCAUUAUUCAUAUUAUUCUCCAAUUGUUUACAUAAUUUGAAUGGCACUCCAUUUAAAUAAUGUUGCGUAUCCCCUUGCUGAUUUUGUUUAGUUGAAUCUGUAGGUAGCGUAGGAUAGGUUGAAGCGCCACUUAUGAGCGGAUAUAGGCCACCACCAGGAUACGGUGUUCCAUCCUGAGAAUUUUGAGGAACAGGAUAUGUUUGUCUCUCUACAUUUACAAAUUCAUUUUCUAUGUUACUAGAUGACAGAUCUUCAGUUGAUUCGACCGGUGAUUCCUUGUGAUGUUUCUUUUUACCAAAAAACCAAGACAUUAUCUGCAAACAAUUUGAAUAGGAUUUAAUAAAGAAAACGAAAAGUAACAAUAAUUGUAAAUUAUACGAAUGAUAAACGUAGUAUCGACGUAAAUUGCAUUCCACGUCAAUAUGCUAAUGCGUCUAUCUUAUGUAAAAAUUAUAAAUCGUACAUAUAUACGUCGUAAAACAUUCUCUUUGAAUUAACGAAAGAAACAUAAAGCAUUACUCACGUGUUAAAACCGAAAAGAAAAUGAAGGAAAAGGAACACAAUAAAGAUUCGUCCUUAAAAACUGA